AUGACAAGUUCCUAUAGUAUUUUAAAUGAGAAAGAUCUUGGUAAUCCAUAUGAAUUACGCAUAUCUGUUUAUACUCGAUUUUGGCUUUAUCUUAUUCCGAAUAUUUGCUCAGUAUUCUGUUCAUUUUUUGUUUUAUAUCAUUUUUUAUUUGAUCGAACACUUCGUCAAGCUCUAAAUAAUCAUAUAAUUAUUGUUCUUCUUUUUAUUGGUUUAAUAUAUGAAAUAACAAGUGUUCCAUUAAUGCUUUAUUGGUAUCAAGUUGGUACAGCUUGGAAAUUUACUCUUACCUUUGCUCAUUUUUGGACGUUUGUUGAUUAUUCAUGUUAUUCAACACAACUUGUUGGUUUUGCUUAUGCUUCAAUUGAACGACAUAUUCUUAUUUUUCAUAGUAAUUGGGUAUCAACAAAAAAGAGACGUUUUUGGGUUCAUUAUUUUCCUUUAACAUCAGUUUUGAUCUAUAAGAUUGUAUAUUAUGUGUGGAUUAUUCUAUUUCCAUUUUGUGAAGAGGUUAUUCGUCAAUCACCAUUCAAUGGUGUUCCUAUGUCUUGUGUAUUAGGAGUUCCAUUUUUUUAUAAAUAUAAUACAAUUAGUCAUCAAUUUGUUCCAGUAGGACUUAUAAUUAUAUUGAAUAUUGCUCUUUUUUUACGUGUUAUAUGGCAAAAAUCUCGUAUGAAUCGAUCAAUUGAAUGGAGAAAACAACGAAAAAUGACAAUUCAAUUAUUAUCAGCAUCAACUCUCUAUUUUAUAUUUAUGGGUCCAAGAACAUUAUUUCAAUUCUGUAGAUUUCUUGGAUUAGAAACAAAUGAUAUAUUGGUAUUAUAUUAUCAUAGUGCUUUUUUUGCAAAUUAUAUUAUGUUUCUUUUUCCAUUUGUUUGUUGUGGAUCAAUACCUGAAGUUGGAAAAAAAAUUAAGAAAAUUUUUUUCUGUCGAAAACAGCGACAAAUUAUUGCUCAUUUACCUUUAAAUACCAAUGCUCUAACACAAAAACGAACAAAUCAAAUAGUUCCAACUAGAGCUGUAAGCCGUGCGGCUGAGCCGCCGUCGCCGUGA